AUGAAGUUUGUUUUGUUGAGCGCGCUUGUCGCAGCUGCAGUAGCAACCGAUGCUGGCUGGAAAUACGUCGACGGUUACAUUUUCCCGUGUUUGCGUUCGGGUUGCGCCUCGCCUGCUGCGCAGGUACAAGCUACUGUAAACAGACUUCACUCUGAUGGGGCUGAGUUCGGUAUGCUGUGGCUGGACAUUGAGCGCCUUGCCUGGCCCGCUGACCAAAACGCUAACCGCAACUUCAUCACGGCUAUGGCUAACGAGUUGGAUGCCCUGAAAGUUACAUGGGGAAUCUACACCAACUACAACAACUGGGCAUCGAUUGUUGGAGCCAGCUGGAGCGCCUACGGACAUAAGCCCCUAUGGUGGGCCACCUAUGAUGGCAGGAAGGACAACGCCGACUUCAAGCCGUUCGGUGGCUGGACCAGCGUGGCCAUCCACCAAUGGGCCGGAUCCGUCAAGGGGCCAUGUGGCACGAUCUGCAGAACCCAAGAUCAGCCAACCGUCCCAGCCUUAAAAGCAGCCGGAUCUGGGCUGCAGCAGGGGAUAGAUAAGGAAGGCCCUAUUUGGACACCCGAGAGCUCAACAACCGGCCAUGAACCGUCACUUCUGCGUAUGAUGGUUGGGAUGGCAUUCAGGGCGUGUCCGUCGAUGGAUUCAAAUGCUUGGCUAAUAACGGCCGGCUGGAAUGACGUUGACGGGUAUAUCUUCCCUUGUCUUCGUUCUGGCUGUGCACCACCUGCCAACCAGAUCGAAGCUACCGUUAAUAAGCUGAAUGCAGAGGGGGCUCAAUUUGGAAUGUUGUGGCUUGAUCUGGAGCGUGCGCUUGGUAACCAACUUGAUGCAAUGCACAUCAACUGGGGCAUCUACACCAACUACAACAAUUGGGAAGCUAUCGUCGGUGCGGAUUGGGCGCAGUGGUCGAGCAAACCACUCUGGUGGGCCACCUACGACGGCAGAAAGGAUAUGGCCGACUUCAAGCCGUUCGGCGGUUGGACCAAGGCGGUAAAUGUCGACGGGUUCAAAUGCUUGGCUGCCCACAACUACUCGUUCUUUGUGGCUCGCGUUUGGCAUUCCUACGGUGACUACGAUGAGACCGGCAUUCAAAAUAUUAAGAAUGCGCGCGCCGCGGGUUGGAAAGACAUACAAAAUGUUGUCAAAAAACUGAAUGCGGAGAAUGCCAAUUUUGGGAUGCUGUGGCUAGAUAUUGAAAUUUUCGAAUGGCCUGAUAACAAAACAGCCAACCAGGAUUUCAUUAGCGAAUUGUGCAAGGAGCUUGAUGCUCAGAAAGUCCAAUGGGGGAUUUACAGCAGCGCCCACAAUUGGUUGAAUAUUGUUGGUCUCGAUUGGGCUGUUUGGAAGGAUAAGCCGCUAUGGUGGGCAACGUAUGAUGGAAAGAAGGACUAUGCCGACUUCAAGUCAUUUGGCGGUUGGACAAAGCCGGCUAUUCAUCAGUGGGCUGGGUCGGUGAGCGGGCCCUGUGGAGUCAACAUGGACCUCAAUUACUACCCU